AUGAAUUCAUCCGGCUCUCUCUCCUUUCACCCACCUCCUGGCGACUCCGAGGGCGAGAGAAUUGCGGAAUUAUCGAGAUACUAUUGCACCGUUGACAGACCCGUUGCCAACGCAACAUUUGAGGAUGAAGCCCCGACAGGAGAUGAACAGCCAAGCGCUGCCUCCUUAUCCUCCGAUAUCACCCUUAACGCCUUAGCCCAACUCGGAGUAUUCCGCCUCGGGUGCAAUCGAUCUUUUGUCUCCAUCAUCGACCGCGAUAGCCAAUACAUUAUCGCCGAAGCCACCAAGUCUGUCUCUCUUCGUAUCACCGAUCAGCAUCUACCCGACGAUGGAAUUUAUCUGGGAGCUCGGAGACUUGAUUUGGAGUGGGGAGUGUGUCCUCACACGAUUAGCCUCUUCACCGGCCGAGGAGCCUCCGUUAUCGAUACGCCCAACGUGACCGCCAACCGAUCUCGUUAUAUCAUCCGCGACUUCACCAAGGAAGAUUGUUUUAGGGACCGCCCCUAUGUUCGAGAAUGGCCGCAUAUGCGAUUCUACGCAGAGGUUCCCUUAUUUAGUCCAUCGGGAUAUGUGCUUGGAUCGUAUUGUGUCGUCGAUGAUAGCCCCCGCGAGGAAUUUGGAGAUGCCGAAAUCGCCCUCUUACAGGAGGUGUCGGAUGCCAUCGCAAUUCAUCUUGAAAACACGCGCUCCGUGCAUUAUCAUCGUCGCGCAGAGCAAUUGGUCAAAGGAUUGACUAGCUUCGUCAAAGAUUAUUCCGAUUUCGAUCCGCGCGAGGUCUCGAGUGAUCACCGUCUGCAGUCCAUGGAUCAAAAUUUCAUCCCGGAUUUAGUCGAUGGCCCCGGUAGCCAGCGACCGAUGACUAUUUCCUUACCCGACAGAACCAAGGAUGGAGAGCGCCCGAGCAUACAAUCAGCUCUAACAACACCUUCCGAGGAGCCAUCUUCGCUUUUUUUCCAGGGAUCCACUUCGGGAACUACGGAACUUACUUCUUUGAUGUCCAACACAUCAGACCGUCCAUUUCCAAGUCCCAGCGAGGAGAAAUCCCUUAUUGAAUCUUUCAACCCUAGUCCUAGUCUAAGAUUGGGCUCUAAUGCAUCCCCCGUCGUGUCCAUCUCCGAACAAAUAUCUACAAUAUUUGCCCGCGCAAGUGUUAUUCUGAAGGAAUCUAUCAGUCUGGAUGGUGUGGCCUUUCUUGAUGCCGCACAUUGUAAUCCCUCAUUCCACCCUACUGAGGAUCAAGGAAACUGGGAACCACUUCCAAAACGUGCUGCCUCCUAUUCCACCACAAUGCCAGGCUCAUUGGAUCCAUUAAAUGCGCCAACGGUUGAAGUUGACGCGAUGUGUGAAAUUCUUGGAUCUUCACUAAAGACUCAACCUCAGGGUCUGUCUCUAGGUUCUACUAUUUCCGUACCAGAAAAGUUACUUAACGUUCUGGUUACACAUUUCCCUCAAGGCCAAAUCUUCGACAUCCCAUGUUUAGAAGACAGCGCAGAUGGUCAAUCCCAGUGCCACUUCGACGCUUCACUACCACCCCAGAACUUCGAAAUGAUUACUCGGCAUCUAGCGCAUAUUCUUCCUGGCGCUACAUCGGUCCUGUUCUGUCCACUAUGGGAUUAUCAUAAGUCCCGAUGGAUGGCGGGGACUCUGGUAUGGACUCGAAAUAGCCGCCAGCCUUUGGAGACAGAUGAGUUGCACUACUUCAAGGUCUUUAGUGAUGCCAUCGUUUCGGAGAUUGCUCGUAUCCACUGGAGUACUACCGAAAAGUCCAAGUUUGAUUUUAUCUCGUCCGUCAGUCAUGAGCUCCGCUCGCCGUUACAUGGAAUUUUGGCAAGUGCCGAGCUGUUGCAUACCACGUCCUUGGAACCUGUACAGGGUGAGAUGAUCAGAAUGAUUGAAUCCUCCGGAAACACUCUUCUAGACACCACCGAUCAACUCUUGGCAUUUUGCAAGAUAAAUAAUUCAUCAAAGAUCAAACAACGCCGAAAAGAACAGGAAAUCCCAUCCGAAAUCUCCAAAUUGGUCUCGGACUUUGAUCUCGGGGAUCUGGUUGAAGAGGUUACUAACAUUCUCUACAACGGUCAAAGGGCGUCAGCUUCUUCUUCAACAUCCACUGCGAAGACACCCAUUCCUAUGGACACUAUUUCGGGCAAUGAUUCGAACGAAAUGUCAGUCAUAGUGCGCAUUGAACAAUCUCUGCCUUGGCAAGUUCGAUCCCAAGCUGGUGCUUGGCGAAGAAUAAUAAUGAAUCUCCUCGGAAAUUCAAUGAAGUGGACCAAGAAAGGCUUUGUCGAAGUCUCCCUCUCCCAAUCCAGAACCAAGCCAGACUCGCAGUCUGCACUUGCACAUCUCUCAGUCAUCGACACAGGUAGCGGAAUUGCGCCUGAAUUUUUACGCCAUAAAUUGUUCUCGACAUUUACUCAGGAAGAUCCCCUGACUGAUGGUGUUGGACUUGGGCUCAGCAUCGUUCGUCUCCUUGUAACCUCACUUGGGGGCAAAAUCACAGUUAAAAGUGAACUUGGUAUCGGAACACAAGUCGACGUGUUCAUACCUGUCCAAAGUGUCAUUCAAGGAACUAGCAGCACGCUUGAUUCUUUCAGUUCAAUUGCCGCCCUGCAAUCGUCUAUACCGCAUCUUCACCCUUGUUUAGUCGCUUUUAACGGAUAUCCUGAUUUGACCGAAGCACCAACGGGACUUUUAACCGCUGAAGCCAAACGCAAGCUUUCUAUCCAGAGUAAUCUGGCAGACGUUUUCUUGUCCCGGUUCGGGUGGGGUGUUUCCUUGGCGGAGUCUCUUGAUAAGGUGCAUGGGGAUAUUGCUGUCAUUGAAGAAGCCACACUACAAGCAGAAACAACAGACCGCGCUCAAUCAUUGGAGAAAGUAGCUUCGGCCUACGGGAUAAAGUUCUUUAUCAUCCUCGGCAAGCGGGACUCUGCAUUGCACAAUACAGCCGGAACUAACUUCGUCCGGGUGUCUCAGCCAUUUGGGCCGCGCAAAAUCUUCGAUGCAGUACAGACAAUGUUGGAGGCACAAAAGGCUCAGCUGCAACAGCCAGAUGAACUGUUACUGUCUACUGUCAACCCAGACUUAGAACAAACUCCAACGUCUGUGAUCGCAAGCGACGGAGACGAGGGAGAAACAACACCCAAGGCAACUACAGAAGCAGUGGUUGCACCUUUCCCUCAGGUCGACCCCAAUCCUCCGUCAACUGGGCCAAAGGUGGUACAUGUUCUCGUUGUAGACGAUAAUGACAUUAACGUCAAGAUCAUGGCAACCUUUUUGCAUAAAAUCGGAUGUACCUACGAGACUGCCUCCAACGGACUGAUUGCACUGGAAAAAUACAUGGCAUCCACCAAGCCAUAUGACUUUGUAUUGAUGGACAUCUCCAUGCCGGUCAUGGACGGCAUCCUUUCAACUAAGAAGAUCCGCCAAUUUGAAAAAGAAACCGGCCUUAUUCCUUCCUGCAUCAUGGCUGUGACCGGUGUCGCUUCCGACGCCAUGCAUCAGCAGGCCCUGGCAGCAGGGAUUAACGAUUAUCUAAUCAAACCACUGUCACUUCAGAACCUUAAGAGUAUUAUGGGGAUUGCGUGA